AUGGAGGUUAGGUUGAUUCCUACACCGGAUCCGGUGAAGAUAGAGAUGCUCGAACGGUAUCUGAACAUCAUGUGUAAAAGGAGAAAAGAAUGGGAGGCUUCGGCAGUAUUUGCAACACAAGAUACUGGAAAAUCUCAAGAUACUCAGACAACUUACGAAGAAACUUGGUCAAGCAUUUUGGACCUUGAAGAAGACUAUACAACAAAUGCAGUCAUACCAAACGACUUCUUACGUUUCUCUGAGCUUCCAUGCAAGGUUCGUCGUCGCAUCUGGUAUCACGCUCGACCUGAAGCCAGAUACAUCAAGAUUCGAGAGUCCCGAUGGGGAGAUACUCUUUUCUCAAAUGCGCCAAUUCCCAGUAUGCUUCAGACUUGUCGAGAAUCCAGGAAAAUAGCUUUAAGAUGGUAUGAUUUAUCAUUUGCCAGAAAUCCUGAGAUGGGUUUCUGGGAUCGAGUGAACCUCAAAAAGACCAUGGAAGAUGUACUCACUCAAGAACCCCGCAGAGCGAUGAUUUACUUUGAUUGGGAGCGUGACGGUGUAUAUUCGCAAUGUGCACGCUGUAACGGUCACAGAAUGAGUUGCCGACAUGCUCCUCUUUCAUUCGACUUUCUCAGAGUGAAGCGGUUAGCCUUCGAAGGUCCUCUUUCCGUUAAACCAUUUUACAAGAUAGCCUUGUGUUUUCCAGCAGUCGAAAGUAUCAUGCUCAUUCGGGGAAGAAGCACCAUCCGCCGCAAGGCAGUUUCACCUUUGGAAUUCAUACCUGUUGAUAAGAAGUUUGAGUGGGAGGGGGAAGACCUUUUGAUGACCUGUUUGGAAACCAUUCAGAAGACGGCUCCUGGUUGUGAUGCAAUUGAAAGUAUCAAAUCAGUCCAGAGGAUGACGUUGUUGGAUGUCAAACAGACAGAAGUGGUUGACCGAGAGGGAAGAAGGACAUGGCCUUGUCGUUGA